AUGGGCACCGCGAACGGAGAUGUCGGCGUGGCCUUUGCCAUGGUCAUCGGCGCCGGCGCUGCGACGAUCCUGGGCGCCUGCUUCGUCUUCUACGGCAAGAAGGCGAACAAAAGCCUGCUGGCCGGCUCCCUCGGCGCGUCCGCCGGCGUCAUGCUGUACGUGUCGUUCGUGGAGAUCUUCGCCACCAAGUCGUUCGAGGCGUUCGAGGACUACGGCCUGACGCCCGAAGAGGCCCAGCGCUAUGCCACCUUCUGCUUCUUCGGCGGCAUGCUCUUCAUCUUCCUGCUGGACAAGGUGGUGCACUUCCUCGCUGAGCGCGACAACCACCACGAGCACGACCGCAUGAACCCGCACCGCAUCGAGAACGUUCCGAGCGACCCCGCCGCCGCCGCCGGCGGCCGCGUCGUGGCGACGAUCGACGACGGGGACGAGGCAGCCCCGGGGCCGUGCCCCGCGCUGCCCGAGGGCAGCUCCGGCGUCGCCGCGACCACGGGCGCCGGCGACAUCACGCGCGAGGUCACGCCCGCGCCGGCGCGGGAGGGCGCGUCUUCGACCACGCCCAACCCCACGUGCGUGUGCAACGCCGACUUGGGCCUCCUGGAGCCCCCGAGCAGCGGGCCCGUGGGCGCCAAGGGCAACGACUGGCACAACAUCGAGGUCGGCGAGAUCGACGAGUACGAGCGCAAGCGGCUGAACAAGAUGGGCGUCAUGACGGCGCUCGCGAUCGGGCUGCACAACUUCCCCGAGGGCCUGGCGACCUUCGUGGCCGCGCUGGCCGACACGUCGACGGGCAUCGCGAUCGCGGUGGCCAUCGCGCUGCACAACGUCCCCGAGGGCCUGUGCGUCGCGAUGCCCGUGUACUACUCCACGGGCUCCCGCUGGAAGGGCCUCAUGUGGGCCGCCAUCUCGGCGCUCUCCGAGCCCCUGGGCGGGCUGCUCGGGUACGCCGUGCUGGCCAACUCGUUCUCGGACCUCGCGUACGCCAUCCUCUUCUCGCUCGUCGGCGGCAUGAUGGUCUACAUCUCGGUCCGCGAGCUCAUCCCGACGGCGCUCCGCAACGCCCCCGACGACAAGUUCGUCACCUACUCCUGCUUCGGCGGCAUGGUCGUCAUGGCCGCCUCGCUGCUCCUGUUCCAGAUCUGA